UCAAUUUAUAAUAUUGCCAUUCUGCAGUAGGUUCACCUGUCAGUCAAUUAAAGUACUGUACCUCCCAGGUCACUGCUGUGCAAUCACAUGCCAAAAGAUGACUUGGACACAGGUAUACGAGUCAGUUAGCAUGCGGGUGUUAGAAAUUACCAUGUUCAACACAUGAAUUAUAAUCAAGCUUUUCAUUUUAUCCCUGAGUGGUUGGUACCUUAUGCUGCAAAUUCACCCCACAAAACAAUUACAGGGAGGAAAAACCAAUGUACUGGAGGAUCUCAAUGUCCUUAUGAAUAAUCUCUAGCAAGGACAGGAAGCUACAAUCAGGACAGAACAUGGACAAAAUAACUAAUUCCAGACUGGAAGACAAUCUAUUAUAACCAUGACUGUUCACCUUGAAUGCAGAACAUUUUGGGGAAGAACUGUAAGAGCACAACUGUGGACUCAAGUCUAAAGCAAGAAAUAUCAACAAACUUUCAAGUCAUAAUUCCCAUCUCUUCUCAUACGAUCUAUUGAUUUUUUAAGAAGUACUUUAUCUUUAGCUUGCGGGGUUUCGCCGUCGUUUUAUGCGAAAACGAACGGGGCUAUUGAUCCGCUUGUCAGCCAUGUUUGUUUCCUUUAAAGUUGUACACAAAUGUAUAUAUAUUCGGUUUCACAACAUAAAAGUUGUCAUUUCUAUUCAUACCUAAAGCUCACAAUAAAAAAGCGGGAUGAACAGCAGGUUAAUUUUAUUUGUUCAUUUAUUAUCCUGAUUAUCACGCUUUAAAAACUAUUCCCCCGCAGGCCGCUUCAACGUCGUAUUUCAGUAUACUACUCCUACACUUUCACAUUUCAUGUUUUCUGCCUGGUUUAAGAAUGAUUUUUUUGUCGCGCUCAUUUGGACCGCUUUCAGCCAAGAGGGCUUUUAAUUAGGCUAUUUUAAAUUAACUCGCAGACUGAAUAACUUCGGCCAUAUCCACACAACUAACAGAGGGAUUCAGUAUUUUGAGCAAACGGACGGAAAUCACGUGUUGGAAAUAUUGCACACCUGCAUUUAACUGACUGGAAUCGCAGUUUUUACAUAACUAAAGCAUAAUUUUUAUCAUUCUUCACAAUAUCACAUGUCUAUGUUUUUAAAAUAUUGUAAAAUACCUUACACGAAAUCUGAAGUUUGACGCAAUGUCGCACAUAGGUCCGUCGGUAACACCCUCAGCUUCUAAUGAGAGUUCACCUGUUUCCAGUUUAACUUUACUCAUUCUCUUACUCAUACCUUGCGUGGUUCUCCUCUUGCUGUUGAACUGCAUGUUUUUAGGAUAUAAAAUACUUAUUCUAUCUAAAAAGAAGAGGAAAAGGCGACGAGGGGGUUCCGAAACCACGCUCUUACAGUCCACUUUAUCGACGCGACACGUUACCAGAAUCUCAGAGACCCCAUCCCAGACCAAUGGAGGCAGGAAAGAUUAUCUUUCCAUCCCGGUGCCCGUGCUGGCGCAGCCCGCAGGGUCUUCAUCUCUCACCUCGUCUAAGGAGAGGGCCGCGCUGGGCCAGAGGUGCAGAGCCAUGAGGCCCGAUGGAGCCACAACAGGAGGAUCGGAGUCUUUGAAAGCACCCAGCACUAUAAUAGCCACUAUGUCGACGUCCAACUCGACGACGAGAGCGGAUCUACCGCGCAGAUCACAGCUUUACAGCAGAAGCUCUUUAGGCGGGAGGAGACUGCAGCCCGCAAUGACGCCCUACAGCGACUCGGAGACGGAUCGCGGCAACACUGUGCCACCCAAUUCCCCCGUGCUGAAUGGACCGCCGCCGGGGAGCACUGCAAACGUGGGCCCCAUGCGGCGGAGUAGCACGAUGGAGCUGAUCGACACUGUCGGUACCGGGUUUGAGUACGAAUAUGAAAGCGGUAUGCCCCCCGAUGACUUAUGCCUCGUUGCUUCAGCCAACUCCUCUGCUGUGGGGCCAGGAUUGGACAGCGAUUUUGGUGCAAGCGCAGGAAUUUCCCUCAGAAUAUUGUCUUGUGACAGCGACGGCCUUUCGAACGCACAGCUGUCAUCUCCUAUGGAGUGGGAUUACUAUGAUCCAUGUUAUGUCAACCAAAAUAAUAUAGCCAAACACAUGUUUCACAUGCCCACUGUCAUCACUAAGCAGUACUGGGUUUAACGUUAUUUACAUGUUAUUUACCACAAAGCUACCACUAGGUGUCACUAAUAAAUAUAUUUACGUUUAAGAUGAUUAAAAAAAAACACUUUAAAAUAUGUUGUUACCAAAAGUUUAAUAAGAUCUUUAUAUACUUUACGUUUCAAGACGUUAAGAAGUUUUGUUUCACUGUACGUUACUUCUGAUUUGUAAUGUUUAUUUUUUUAAAACCACGCAUUUUCAAAUUGAGUAUGUAUAAGUAUCACAGAUGUCAAUUUUUUCACGCAUUGUUGUUUAAAAGAUUUGGGUUUCUGGGAUUGCGAUUUUGGACGGGAUUACAAAACUUGCUGGUGAACCCUCAUUUUGUUGCAGUUAAUAUCUUAUCUUUAAAUAUUUUAGACUUGAUUGUAAUGUUGCUGUAUUGUAAUAAACUUUUUAAACCUAUACUAUCCUCCUCUUGGGUGUACAGAUAAAAUGUA